UCUGUAGCAAUAUCACAUCUGCCAUUUUGUUACAAUCUAACUUGUAAAAUUUAAGGAAGAGGAUAAGAGUCCAAAGUGCAAUAAAGGUGUGGUAGACACAGGUGCAGAAGCAAAACAGUUUCGGUGAGCACACAGAAAGCCAAGGAAUAAGGAUAUAUAAUAAAUCUAUAUGAAAAUCUACCUGAGAACCACCAUCUAUUGCAGUGUGAUUGGAAAACGACAAAAUGACCAACUGGAAGCUGAUUUUCUGCAGCCUGUGUUUAAUAUCAGUGAUGUCCGCUAGUUUUGGACUGGAAGUGACGAUGAGUCAAGCUAACAUGGAGGUUGCCAGGGGUGAUGAUGUCACCCUUACAUGCAAUUUUAAACCUAAAAAUCAAAACAAUGAACUUAUCGUUAUAACAUGGACUGGUGAUGCUGAUGAGACAUCUGGGGAGAAGGUCAUUUUCGGUAGUUAUUACUCCUAUGGUAAAGUUGACAUUGGACCAGACUAUCAAGGCAAAGCCUUGAUAGAAACUGACCUUACUGCAAAAACAACGAAAUUGACACUAAAAGAAGUCACUCUUAAAGAAAGCAGAAGAAUUCGAUGUUUUGUUCAGAUUCCUGGAGACAUUGAAGGCAAAACAGCUGACACUACUUUUCUUUUGGUUCAGGUUGCACCAUCACAACCCAUUUGUAAAGUAGUGGGCACAGCAGAAUACGGACACAAUAUUAGCCUAACCUGUGUCUCUGAGGAGGGCUCACCUACACCAACAUACAAAUGGGAAAGAUAUAAUGUCAAAAAUGUCCCUCAAGCAUUUCCACUCAAAACCACCGAAAAGGAUGGAGUUCUGUCUCUGGUCAAUGUGUCCAUGGAAACAUCAGGUUACUAUAUUUGCCUGUCAAGCAAUAAGGUUGGAUCAGCCAAAUGUAACAUGACAUUGACUGUAAUACCGUCCUCUAUGAAUCUUGCUACAAUAGGAAUUGUGGCUGGUUGUGUUGCUGGAGUUACAGUGCUCAUAAUAGUCAUCAUCUGCUGCUGCCGCAAACGGAAACAAAAAGCAAAAGACUAUGAAAUGGAGAAUCCAGUGGUGGAAUACCAUGACAAACCACCACUAGGAAAUACUGAGGACGGGAAUACAGACAUCAUGGCGAUCACUGAAGAGGGAACUGACAAAGCUUGCAUUGAUGACCUCAAAAAUCACUGUGAUGACCGCAGAGGUAGUCGUGAUGACCUCAAAGAUCGCUAUGACGACCGCAGAGGUAGUCGUGAUGACCUCAAAGAUCGCUAUGACGACCGUAGAGGUAGUCGUGAUGACCUCAGAGAUCGCUACGACGACCGCAGAGGUAGUCGUGAUGACCUCAGAGAUCGCUACGACGACCGCAGAGGUAGUCGUGAUGACCUCAAAGAUCGCUAUGACGACCGCAGAGGUAGAGGUAGUCGUGAUGACCUCAGAGAUCGCUAUGACGACCGCAGAGGUAGUCGUGAUGACCUCAGAGAUCGCUAUGACGAACGCAGAGGUAGUCGUGAUGACCUCAGAGAUCGCUAUGACGAACGCAAAGGUAGUCGUGAUGACCUCAGAGAUCGCUAUAAUGACCAAAGAGAUAGCUACAGAUAAAAUCAGCAAGAUUAGUCUGAUGAUCGAACCAUUGAAUUAUUAUGACCACCACCAAAUUUUUUUGAUGAAAGGGCAACCACUAUGUCAGGAUGGUAUGCAGUGUUUAUUUUUGUUCUGCAGUUGUUUAAACAUAUUGUUGUAGCUACUAUAUUGUUCUGUUGUUUUAUUAUAUUUUUCCCUGUUUUGAUAAUUAAAUCAAAUUGUGAUGUAUACCUGCUGUAUACCGAUGAAUCAUCCUUUUUGAUUUUCUUUUUUAUUUGAUUUUACAGGAUUUUAAUAGAAUUUUAUAUACAGCAAAAAAGUUUUGUUAUGACUGUUAGCGAAAGUAAUUGACAUUUUUAUUCUGACUGUUCUUCUGAAUCAUAGAUGGAUGUAGGCUAUUCAUUUAUUUUUACAGGCAGCGGUUCACAUGUAAAUACACACUAAUGUAAACUGCCCUCUUAAGGACAUUUUUGUACAUCACAUGGCUGGAAUUAAUUGAUGUUACACAUACCUGCUUUUCAUUGUCUAAUUAAAAGGUGAUUCGACCUAGCCUACUCAAUUAACUGUUUCAUUUAUUUUUUUCUCAAUAAAAUGCGUCUUUAGACCAACAGCAAAGACAUAAUACAUA